UAUAUUAUGCAAAAAAAAGCAAACAUUUACAUGAUGCACGAAGGCAAAUCAUCUGUCUAAUACUUGUAGUUAUUUGUAGUAAUUAUAAUUGAACAUUAUAUUUUAUAUUCCAUGAUCCCCUCAUAACCCUAACCCCAAGUUUCCUUUUGUUAGGUUAGCAAUUUAUUUAUGUUUGUUUUUAGUUUAGAUGUUAAGAAUGACUUCGUGGUAUAGCUUUCUGAUUUAUAUUUAACAUGUCAAUUUUUAACACUUCGUUGGUUCUAAAGCAAGGUUACAUGGUCAAACGGUCUCAAAAUAAAAAACUGUAUACAUUAGUGAACUUCAAAAAACGUUGGUUUGUGCUUACUCGAAAAUACCUUAUUUAUUAUGAUGAUGAAAAUGAAUCGAAGAGGCGAGAAAAGGGGAGGGUUGAACUGGAACGGGUUCAUACAAUCGAAGCCGCUAACACUUUUUUCACCACUGAGGAAGUCGGUAUAGAAGGCGAGUACUUCCCAUUCCUGGUGGGCUACCACGCUGAUGACGAUUAUACUCUGUUUUUGCUCGCCCUACAGCCUUUGGACAGAAUAGAGUGGAUUGUAGCCAUAAGAGAAGCUUGUGCCAACAAUAUAAUUCUACGUUAUUACUUCCACCCUGCUCCCUGGAACGGUAGGAAGUGGAAUUGUUGCAAGUCCAGCACCAAAUUAGCGGAGGGUUGUCGAGAGUGUGGAAAUUGGCUGCCUAAUAGCGUUACCGACGACAAUAGCAAUAAGGAAGAACUCGGAAGCACUCAAUCAGGUACAAUUAUGCCCGGGGGCACUCCGGGUACUCCGUCUGCCCGUCAAAAGGACAACAAGCCCGUCCAAAGGUCUAAGGUGGUGGUGGCAUUAUACAAUUAUAAAGCCAUAGAAAGUGGAGAUUUAUCUUUAGAGAAAAACCAGGAGUAUGAAGUUUUGGAGGAUUCUCAGGAACACUGGUGGAAAGUCAAAGAUUCCAAGGGCAACGUUGGAUUCAUUCCGAGCAAUUACGUGAAGGAAAAAGAGUUGCUAGGUCUUCAGCAAUAUGAAUGGUAUGUAAAUGAUAUGUCUCGACAAAGAUCAGAAUCUCUGUUGAAACAAGAAGACAAGGAGGGAUGUUUCGUUGUAAGAAACUCGUCUACAAAGGGACUGUACACUCUUUCAUUGUACACAAAAGUACCCCAUCCGCAUGUAAAACAUUAUCACAUCAAACAGAAUUCCCGGGGAGAAUUUUUCCUGUCAGAAAAACACUGUUGUGUCUCCAUUCCCGAAUUAAUCAAUUACCAUAAGCACAAUAGUGGAGGACUGGCAUCAAGACUGAAAACAAGUCCUUGUGAUAGACCUGCACCUGCUACCGCGGGUCUUAGUCACGAUAAAUGGGAAAUAGAUCACAGUGAACUGAUGCUUCUGGAAGAACUGGGUUCUGGACAGUUUGGUGUUGUUAGGCGGGGCAAAUGGAGAGGAUCUAUCGACGUUGCAGUGAAAAUGAUGAAAGAAGGUACUAUGUCUGAAGAUGAUUUUAUAGAAGAGGCCAAAGUUAUGACAAAAUUGCAACAUACCAAUCUGGUGCAGUUAUAUGGUGUUUGCAGUAAAAAUAGACCAAUUUUUAUUGUGACAGAGUAUAUGCGACAUGGUUCAUUACUGAACCAUUUAAGAAGGCACGAGCAGUCAUUAAGUAGUAACCAAGGUCUGCUUUUGGACAUGUGCAUACAGAUAUGCAAGGGUAUGGCAUACUUGGAAAGGCUCAAUUACAUUCAUAGAGAUUUGGCGGCGAGAAAUUGUUUAGUUGGCACUGAAAAUGUUGUAAAAGUGGCUGAUUUUGGACUUGCUCGGUACGUUCUUGAUGACCAGUACACAUCAUCCGGUGGGUCUAAAUUCCCCAUCAAAUGGGCCCCUCCCGAAGUUUUGAAUUAUACUCGUUUCUCGUCCAAGUCCGAUGUGUGGGCUUACGGUGUAUUAAUGUGGGAGGUGUUUACAUGUGGCAAAAUGCCUUAUGGCCGUUUGAAAAAUAGCGAAGUGGUAGACAGAGUUCAAAAGGGUCUAAUUUUAGAGAAACCCAAAGGGUGUUACAAAGAGGUCUAUGAUGUUAUGAGAAAAUGUUGGGCGCAUUUGCCAGAAAACCGACCAUCCUUUAGGAUAUUGAAGGACACUCUUCUAAAUGUAUCUCAAGGUAUCUUAGUCGAUUGACUGGCCCAAUUUGUAUGCGACACCGUGGCCAGAGCAACGUCCCCGUCGGGAAUGCCCUGUACCUCUUCUCAAACGGACGAUUAUGAAUUGGCUUGGUUAGGUAUAUGCAGAACACUCUGUAGGGAGGCCCAGCACACGAAGAAAUUGAAAUGAGUGGUGAAGCUGAAUUUGUGAAAAAUAACCAAACCUUAUGUAUUUAUUAAUCAAAUACAUAGUUCAUACUGCCAAAGUAACAAAGCAGUGUGUGAUUAAAUUGAAAGUCUUCUAAGUGAGGCUUUUUUACAUACCUUACACUCUGUACUAGUGUAUUUUCUGACAAAUUAACUAGGUUUUUUACCAAAUUGUGAUAUUUAUUUUUUAGUAUCUUUAUGUAAUUCUUAUAUACCAAGUGAGACAAGAAAUUGGAAACGCUGUAGCUUUAAGUUGUCCGAGACAGCGAUUGCAGUAAUGGCUCAAUAUAAGUCAAGAAUGAAGUUUUUCAGCAUUGUUUUCCCUUUGGGCUUAAAUGCAUAUAUUUACAUUUUUUAUGGUCCACUGAAUUUAUGCUUUUAAGUCCCUUUCAUUUCUACUCAAUUUGCAUUUUUUGUGACCCACUGAAUUUAUACUUUUAAAUCCUUUCAAUUUAUGCUAUACAUUUUUGAAUUUUUAAUAUUAACACAAUGCAGGGUACUAAUAAUAUUCUCUACAAAAUGCGGGUUUUUCUUAACAACAAAUGGACAUGAGAAACUAGAAAACAAGAUUAAAAUGCCCUUGAUGAUGAUGAGCAAAUUAAACGGAAGUUUAACUAUUAAGUUUUUGGUGGUAGAGUGCAAACCAACUAAGAUGCCCAGAGCAAUCUUUGACGUCAGUGAGAAGAGAAUGGAUAUCAAAAUAAAUAAGAACUAAUAGUUCAGAUUUUCACGAAAUUAUAUAUUUUCACAUGACAAUUGUUUCGACAACACCAUGUCUUUAUCAAAUGUUUUGUGAAAAUGGCAACUUUUAGUUUUUAUUUAUUUUGUUAAAAUGGAUUUUCAUCAAGUAAAAGCCACCUCAGUUCAACAGAAUGGAUAUGUUUUAGUCAGACAGAUGAAAAGUAUUCUACUCUCCUAAAAAGCUCUGUAGAUUUGGGAUAAUAUAUUAUUUUCUUCAUUUUGCUUGAAUAUUCAGCUAUUUAUUCUCCAUUAACAUGUAAUUAAUAUAUAGUUUUAUAAAAAUAGGGACAUUAAAAACUGCUGAGUGUUUCGCUUUUCUUGUAUCACCCUUAUAACAAUGAAUAAAAUAUUUUUUUUAACUUUAUAAUUCAUUGGCCACCAAAUGUUUUAUAAACCACUUUUUAUCUAUAGCACUGCCUUUCAACAAACUUCUUAUUGAAAAUAUUACCAUAAUACUGACAUACUGACAUCAUUUACUUUGUGCGGUAACAAAAUGAGUUUUCAAUACAAAUGUAUAUUAGUGUUAGUAAAGUUUUAGUGAUCCGGAGGAACCUUAGUUGAUUGUAUAGCAUAAAUACAUUAUCUGUUGUGUUCGAUGUAUUGUGUUAUCUUGUUACUACUAGCACUGAUCUAUGAAGAAUAGUUAUACUGAAAUAAAUGAGACAACAAAUUUUAGUCGAUUUUUGAAAUCUUGUUCCACUACCGAUUAAAAAGAGAUAUUAUGCAGGGUAUCCUCAGUCAUAAAGGAAGAUAAAUAACAUAUUUCUGUUUUAUUGCUGUAUUCUAGACCCAUGUUUUAGGUUAAAAACACCUUAGCUCAAAAUGUACAAAGCCCGGAAUGUACAUAAUUUGUAAUGUAAGCAUUUUACUUGUGAUUAGAUAACAUUAAGAAAAUGUUCAAAAUUUAAAAUGAAUAUUUCCUCAUUUUCCCCUUAAUAUUUUUGAUUGGGACUUUUACCCAAUCUCCUAAGCAUUGUGCAAGUCAUACAAUGAGGCAGAACAGCAGUAGCAUACAUUCUGGCAUAUUAAGUCACUCAACUUAGUAUAUAUAAGUGCAAUGACAUAAUAUAUUGUUAAUAUAUGUUGGUAUGAAGUCUUAAUCUUCCUCUUCGCAUGAUACGAAAACGUGUUGCCUUAAAAUGCGUCUCAAUGUGUGCCUUGCCCAAAUGUUUAUUUCUAUGCAAUAUUUGAUGUUCUAAAAAUCUGAAAAACAAUAACUGUUGUGAUAAUAAUAAAAACUAUACAAAAAUAAUAUAUUGCCACUUUUUGUAAUAAAAUGAAUUAACUGUUUUAGUUACUGUAAAUUUCUGAAUCCCAUUUUUCACUCAAAAUCACCCUGAACUUGUA